GCAGUUUACACCAAAGUAAAACCAGGCUGGUGCCCGGAAAGUUUGUUGCAGAGCCUCUCCCCCUCCGGGUCUUUCGUGCUCCUCCUGCUCCUGUUUCCGAGGGAGGGAGCAGCUCAGACGCCAGUGCAGAGGGUCCCCCAAAUAAGACACCCCCUUCUGGGUGCAGGCCGUGCCCGCGGCUCCGGCUUUGCAGAGGGAGAGAGGGGGAAGCUGGGGGCGCCCGGCUCGCCAAGGGUUAAAAGGAACUGAGCUGGAUUCCUAGAGAGGACAGGAAAUAAAGGGAGGAGGCUCUUCCCCCAUCCCUUCCUGCAAGGAGGAGGGCUGUUGUCUCUCUGCUCCGCAAGUGCUGCCUCGGUGGCGCCUUCUGGGAUCCGGAUUUGCUAAAUCCUCUCAUUAAGACAGGCAGAACUUGGCAGAAGACGUAGGGACAUCUUUCGAUUUCUUGUAGGUGUCCUGAGAACAGAGAUGGAUGAGCAAGACUCGGCUGGGCCUGAAGCAGCAAGACUUCAUUCCAUCCAAACUCUUAGCCAUAGAAGAAUCUGGGGAAAGUCUGUCCAAAGGAUCCUGGGUGAGGAGGACACCCUCCGCUCAGAUGUGCAGAGCCAGCAACUCAGGCGGCUUUGCAACCAGGAGGCCAAAGGACCCCGAGAGGUUUGCAACCGACUCUACCACCUUUGCCGUCAGUGGCUGAAACCAGAAACCCACACGAAAGCUGAGAUGCUGGACCUGGUGAUCUUGGAGCAGUUCCUGGCUGUCCUUCCACCAGAGAUGGAGAGCUGGGUGAGGGAAUGUGGAGCAGAGACCAGUUCCCAGGCGGUGGCCCUGGCUGAAGGUUUCCUCCUGAGUCAGGCAGAGGAGAAAAAGCAGGCAGAGACAAAGCAGGGGAAGGAUCAGUUUCCAGAAAUGGGUCUGGAUUCCUCUGAGGCAGAGAAAAUUCCGUUGGACUCCAGAGUAAGGCCACCGGGAGACCGAACGAUGCCAGCAAGACCUGUUUGUCCAUCUUUUCUUGGUGGCGAAGGGGAAGCUGCCCCUGUGGAAGCAGAGCAGGUAGGAGGAAGGAGCCAUGAGCCAUGUGGGGAAAGAGGAUGUCAUGGACGGGUUGGACACAGAGGAAAGGGUCCAUUGUGCUUUGAAGAUGUAGCUGUGCAUUUCACAGACGAGGAGUGGGCAUUGCUGGAUCCUGACCAGAGAGCUCUGCACAAGGAAGUCAUGGAGGAGAAUCGUGGGUUCUUGGACUCUCUCGUUGCAGGUGGUGAUGAAUUGGAGCUGAAGAACGAAGGAGACCACAACAAAAGCAAUACAGUGGAGAAGUCAUAUCCAUAUUCAGAGUGCAGAGAGAGCGUCAGUCAGAGCUCCCAUUCCACUUCAAAUCAAAGAACUCCCCUUGAGAAGAAACCCUACCAGUGCUUGGAAUGUGGAAAGAGCUUCAGUCACAGAAACAAAUUCACUGUCCAUCAGAGAAUUCAUACAGGGGAGAAACCCUAUCAGUGCCAAGAGUGUGGAAAGAGCUUCAGUCAAAAGGGCAGUUUAACUACCCAUCAGAGAAUUCAUACAGGGGAGAAACCUUAUCACUGUUUGGAAUGUGGAAAAAGCUUCAGUCAACAAGGGCAGCUUACUGUACAUCAAAGAAUUCAUACAGGGGAGAAACCUUAUCAGUGCUUGGAAUGUGGAAAGAGCUUCACUUGGAAAAUGAGUCUCGUUUCCCAUCAAAUAAUUCAUACUGGAGAUAAACCCUAUCACUGCUUGGAGUGUGGAAAGAGAUUCAGAAUAAAAAGCCAUCUCACUGUCCAUCAGAGAAGUCAUACAGGGGAGAAACCUUAUCAGUGCUUGGAAUGUGGAAAGAGAUUCAGAAUAAAAAGCCAGAUCACUGUCCACCAGAGAAUUCAUACAGGGGAGAAACCUUAUCAGUGCUUGGAAUGUGGAAAGAGAUUUAGUCAGAGCAGCCAGCUCACUUCCCAUCACAUACUUCAUUCCGGGGGGAAACCAUAUCAGUGCUUGCAAUGUGGCAAGAAUUUCACAUGGAAAAUAAGUUUCACUGCCCAUCAAAGAAUUCAUACUGGAAAUAAACCCUAUGACUGUUUGGAAUGUGGAAAAAGCUUCAGUCACCAAGGCCAACUUACUGUACAUCAAAGAAUUCAUACGGGGGAGAAACCUUAUCACUGCUUGGAAUGUGGAAAAAGCUUCAGUCAACAAGGCCAACUUACUUUACAUCAUAGAAUCCAUACAGGAGAGAAACCCUAUCAGUGCUUGGAAUGUGGAAAGAGCUUCAGUCAGAGCAGCCAACUCACUUCCCAUCACAGAAUUCAUUCUGGGGCAAAACCAUAUCAGUGCUUAGAUUGUGGAAAGAGCUUCACUUGGAAAAUAAAUUUCAUUUCCCAUCAAAGAAUUCAUACUGGAGAUAAACCCUAUCAUUGCUUGGAAUGUGGAAAAAGCUUCAGUCACCAAGGCCAGCUUAUUGUACAUCAAAGAAUUCAUACAGGGGAGAAACCCUAUCAGUGCUUGGAAUGUGGAAAGAGAUUCAGAAUAAAAAGCCAACUCACUGUCCAUCAGAGAAGUCAUACUGGGGAGAAACCCUAUCAGUGCUUGGAAUGUGGCAAGAGAUUCAGUAGCAGAAGCUACUUUACUGUCCAUCAGAGAAUUCAUGCAGGGGGGAAACCCUAUCAGUGCUUGGAAUGUGGAAAGAAAUUCAGAAUAAAAAGCCAUCUCACUGUCCAUCAGAGAAGUCAUACUGGGGAGAAACCCUAUCAGUGCUUGGAAUGUGGCAAGAGCUUCGUUCGAAGUGGCCACCUCAUGGACCAUCAAACAAUUCAUACAGGAGAGACACCCCAUCAGUGCAAAGAGUGUGGCAAGAGAUUCAGCAGCAGAAGCCAGUUUACUGUCCAUCAGAGAAUUCAUACAGGGGGGAAACCCCAUCAGUGCUUGGAAUGCGGAAAGAGCUUUGUUCGAAGAGGCCACCUCAUGGCCCAUCAAACAAUUCAUACAGGAGAGACACCCCAUCAGUGCUUGGAAUGUGGCAAGGCCUUCAGAAGAAAGGGCAGCUUAACUUCCCAUCAGAGAAUUCAUAAAGGGGAAAAACCUUAUCAGUGCUGGGAAUGUGGAAAGAGCUUCAGGGAGAGAAACAAGCUCACUGUCCAUCAGAGAAUUCAUACAGGGGAGAAACCCUAUCAGUGCCAAGAGUGUGGAAAGAGCUUCAGUCAAAAGGGCAGUUUAACUUCCCAUCAGAGAAUUCAUACAGGGGAGAAACCUUAUCACUGCUUGGAAUGUGGAAAGAAAUUCAUUGUGAAGGCCAAACUCACGAUCCAUCAAAGAAUUCACAGCGAGGUGAAACUAUUUCAGUGCCAAUAAUGUGGAAAGAGCUUCAGACACAGGGCCCGUCUUGCUUCCCAUCAAAGAACUCACAUUGAUGGCAAAUUAUAGUAGUGGCUGUAUACAGAUUUAAUUUCAGGAGACUUUUGUUUGUAUGAGGUGUGGAUUGUAGCUGGCUUCUUUGCCUCAUCUGUUGCUCCCUAGUUAUUUCUGCUACGUACCCAGAACUGUGACUUGUAAGUUCUUGGCCAAGCUGCUUAAUGCCUUCUUCACAGUUUCUCUUGGCAGAUCAAGAAGAGCAGGUGACAGCAAAGGUUGCAAGGUUUUUAGCUGGGAGAAUUAGAAUAAGAGGCACUAUUUGACUAUUGACUCAAAACCCUACAAUGUAUUAUAUAUAACGGACUUUUAAUUUUUAUUCUUUGUAUAUCGUAUUGUUGUUUUAUUGGUAUGGCAAGUGGCUGACGCAAAUGAAGAUCUAUUCAUUCAUUGAAUAUUUUCUUCAUGUCAUGCCUGGGGUGAGGGAUAAGAGUGAUUUGGCAACACUGAUGAGAUGGCUGUCCAUGCUGAGCUUUCCUAGGAAGGACUUGGUGUAAAAAUUGUGAUAGCUGAUUGAAUAUUAGAUAUUAUAGAUUUUGAUUCUGUUCGAA